AUGGAAUCCCUCUCCCACCUCCUCUUCGAAUGUAGCUACGCAUCAGAGACCUGGUCCCUGGUCCCAUGGUCUUCUCAGAUCACAAUUCACACAAACACUGACUUCAGAUCAAGACUACAAGACUCUUUCAUCAGGCUAAAUCUCCCCCCUAUUGGAGCAGUGACAAAUAUUUUCCCUUGGGUGUGUUGGGGAAUCUGGAAGGCUCGCAACCAUCUUAUCUUCCAAAACAGAUACUCCACCCCCUCGGAAGUCUUAACAAAGGCGAUUGUCGCUAUGAGAGAAUGGGAACAAGCUAAAGCUCUGUCUCCAAAGAGUUCUACAUCACUGACACGAGUGAAUCUCCCCCUCCCCUACUCCAACGAUGUGAUCUACUGUAACACAGAUGCCUCUUGGAACGCUCAAACCAGAUCUGCAGGAAUGGCAUGGAUCUUCACAGAGCAAGGGGACAAAGAGAUCGCACGAGGAUCUAUAUAUCAAGAGUUUGUCUCAUCCCCAUCGAUGGCAGAGGCUUUGGCAAUACGCGGUGCUCUCCAACAUGCAAUCUCUCUCCAUAUCAACAAAAUUUCGCUGCACUCAGACUGCAAAGGGCUUGUUCUAGCCAUCUCUGCGAAUCGAAGAUCGGUGGAACUCUUUGGAGUUUUGUCGGACAUUGAAUCAUCGAUCAUCUCUUUUUCCGCUUGUUCUUUCUUUUCAUUCCAAGAUCUCUAA